GAAACGGCACAUCCGGACCCAAAUAUUCCCGCCAAAUCUGUGAAGGCAUUCCCGCCAUUUACAUUAUAAUGAUCAUCCCGAAGCAGAAGAAAUGAGACUGAGCAGCAACAAAUCGAACGCGAGAUACAUCACUCCACAUUAUUAUUAUUAUUGUUAGAUCAUGCCCGGAGAAGAAGAAAUCGGAAGAGAUGACAUGAUAAUCGACCAACUUCAAUCUGAUUUCACGCCAAUCAAUGCGCUUCCCGAUGAAUUUAACCCUAAUUACCUUAAACUUUAUUACGGAAAGCUUUUUCCACAUGCCGAUCUCUUUAGAUGGAUGUCAUAUGGAACUGAUGGCAAGCAUACUGGGUGUGAUCAGUCUUUUUUCGGGCGUAGAGAAUUUUCUUUCACAUUAGACAAUGACAUAUAUCUGCGCUUUCAGUCCUUCAAUAGUGCAUCUGAUAUGGAAAAUGCAAUCAAAGAAAAAUGUCCAUUCAAAAUAGAUAUUGGUGCCGUAUACAGCGUUGAUCCUGCAAAGAGGCAUGCCUAUGCUCAAGCUGGUGAUAAUGUGUUUACUCCAGUGGAAAGGGAGCUAGUUUUUGAUAUAGAUAUGACAGAUUAUGAUGAUGUCAGAUACUGCUGCUCCGGAGCUGAUGUUUGCUUGGACUGUUGGCCAUUGAUGACCAUUGCAAUUAAAGUUCUCGAUACUUCCCUCAGAGAUGAUUUUGGAUUUAAUCAUAUUCUUUGGGUUUUUAGUGGCCGACGUGGUGUCCAUUGUUGGGUUUGUGAUGCGAAAGCAAGAAGGCUGAAUAAUGAACAGAGAGCAGCUGUUGCUGAUUAUUUUCGGGUUUACAAGGGAAAUGAAAAUAGUCAUAGAAAGGUUUCUCUGAUGGGUCAGGCCCUUCAUCCCUUUCUAGCAAGAUCCUACACGAAUGUUUUAAAGGACUUUUUUGAACGAAAAUUGCUUAGCAGUCAGCAACUACUCUCAGAGGAGAGAUAUGAAAAAAUACUUGAUAUGAUUCCUGAUGAAGGUAUUACUUCUGAUCUUCGUGGCAAGUGGCAGGAUAACAGGCGUUCAUCCAUGGGCAAAGAAGACAUAAAUAUUUUUAGAUGGGACCAACUAAAACAUCUGCUUCAAUCUGGAAAGCAGAAGGCACCAGGGCUUCGUAGAUGCGUUGAAGAAAUUGUGUUCUCAUAUGCCUAUCCUAGGAUUGAUAUGGAGGUCUCAAAGCAUAUGAACCAUUUGCUGAAGGCACCAUUCUGUGUACAUCCCAAAACAGGUCGCGUUUGUGUUCCUAUUGAUCCAGAUCGUUGUGAGGAGUUUGAUCCGACGACUGUCCCUACACUUUCUAAGCUUCUGGGAGAAAUUAACAUGGGUUUGAGAACAGAGGGUGAUAAUGAAUGGGAUGCAACCUCACUUGGACAGUCAGUCAGAUACUUCAGAUCAUCUUUCUUGCAGCCUUUGCUAAAGUCUUGUAAGGAGGAAAUAGAAAGCUCAUAUAUUGCAAAGAAAGCGCAGUCGAGGAACUCUCUAAGCUGGUAGUCUUUUUCAGUGUUUCCUCAGGUCUCAACUUUAUUGUCUUUAUUCAUAUACAUCAUAUUUGUAACCAGAUACAUCUUUGAUGUUAUGUACACUUAAUAUAGAUGGUAAAUGAUCAUGUCCAAAUUAGUUUCUUAUGUUCACCAUGUUUAAUGAGAUAACUAAGUAGCAUAA